CCGCAGGAGUGCCCGGUUUGUCUGUCCACGGAGUUGGCUGCUACAGCGACGGGCUCCAGUCCUCGGUGGGCACGAUGCAACUCCUGGUGAGGGUGCCUUCUCUUCCGGAGAGGGGCGAGCUGGACUGCAACAUCUGCUACCGAUCCUUCAACCUCGGGGAUCGCGCGCCCCGCCGCCUGCCCGGCACGGCGCGCGCCCGCUGCGGCCACACACUGUGUACCGCCUGCCUCAGCGAGCUGGCAGCGCGCGGAGAGGGCAGUGGGGCGGCCGCGCGCGUGGUGCGCCUGCGCCGCGUCGUUACGUGCCCCUUCUGCCGUGCGCCCACCCCUCUGCCUCGCGGUGGCGUCGCAGAGGUCGCUCUUGAUUCAGAGCUGUGGUCACGAUUGGAAGAAAAAGCCCGCGCUGACCGCGAACUAGAAGCAGGGACCCGGGACAAGGAAAGCGGCGAUGCGGACGAAAAGGCAGAUAGAGAACUUGAGUGCGAGAAAGAGACGGGGCCCAGGAGCGCGGGCUGGCGCUUGCUCCGCCGGCUCUGGGACCGGGUCCUGCUGCCUGCGCGCCGCUGGCGGCGUCCGCUGCCUAGCAACGUGCUGUACUGCCCAGAGAUCAAGGACUUUGCCCACAUGACCCGGUGCACGCUGUAACUAAGGAAGACGAAAGCUAUAGCAGAAAGGUGGGAGCUGCAGCUUGUGGUACGUUUUAGUAGAGCGUGCCACCUCUGAUGUCGGGACUACACCCACCCCCAUUUUGGGAUUGGAGUAUGAUGAGGAAGUUGAGCCGAAGGCUGGAAGGAACGCCCUGGGAGGUGUUGAAGCUAAGCUGGGGAGGGCCCUAGACAAACUCGCCCCCGUGUACCGAUGGUGCCAGCAUUGCAUUCUCAAGAUGUAGUUCAGAAAUGAUGUAAACAAAGCCUACGUUACAGUGGGAAGAAAACAGGCUGUUUGGUUUGGCUCUUGACCAGGCUGGCUGUGGAAUGUGGGAGCAAUAGAUCUUAUUUUAGCAGUUGUCAAUGGCUUUAAAUUUUUAAAAAGAUGCAAGUUGUGUUAAUACCAUUUCUCUUAGCAUGUAAAGACACUGGUAUGUCUGCUGCCUUCCCACUCUCAGUUGUGUUCCAGAAAUUAUUGAGAUGACUAUAAUGAUCAGGGGCUUUGCUUCAUUUCUCAGUCUCCCUUCAGCCUGCUAGAGCAGCUAUCAGAAGGUCGAAUGGAUAUUUAUGGGACGCACCUAAUUAAGGCUUGUCAAGAAUGGAAGAACUAUUUGGUGAGGGCCUCACCAUUUAAACUUUUUAUGUUAUCUUCACAAGGACACUGGCACUACUAGACGAAUAUGCUUAUAUAAUUUAACACUUGUGUUCUGUAGUGGGAUGCUGUUAUAUGCCAUGAAUUGCUCAGAGUCAUAGUCAGGAGCCAGCACUGGUCACUGGGAACUUGUUGGAAGUGUAGAAUUUCAGGAUCCUAUUCCAUACUUUGUGAGACUGCAUUUUUAACAAUCCCAGUGCUUCAUGUGCAUAUAAGUUUAAGAAACACCAGUCUGGAUCCUAGAUACUCUGAAAUCACUAUCUGUAGGUAUAGUAUUUACAACAUGUUAUACUAUCUUACUGAAAGUUUGAGUCACGUUCUAUUAAAGAAAACAUUUUUCUGAGUUAAAAAUGUGAAUUUAAGUAUAGACCUCAAUUUGUUAGGGGUCUCCAAGGUUUAUUUUUGAAUGAUAGAUCAUAAAUGUAUCCAUUUUAGGGUAUAAACAUCUAUUUGAGAAUAUUUUGCUAUUUUCCUUAAGUCUCAAUUUAUGUUCUCAUUUGAGAGCCCCUUUCCCUAUCCCGUGUAAUACAUAAUGCCUUUAUUUUUACUGCUUUUACUUCCUGAUAUUUCAUGUUUCGUGAUUGUCCUCUAUUCUAUGAGAGCAAUGAAUGACUUGUAAAUUUUAUCUCCAGGCCCAACAGCAAUUGUG